GGUUGGGUGGGUGGGUGUGGGUGGAAUCUCUCUCUCUCUCUCUCUCCCUCUCUAAAAGAUUAACAAUAAUAAUAUAAUAAUAUAUCAAUUAUUCGACCUCCAUUGUGUGUCCGUUAAGUUUAAGCAGAUUCCUUCUUGCUCAGGAGAGAAGAAAAAGGUUUCCGCUUUGGGCUUGAACAGAUUAGGUAGCUUCAGAAACAGGAACCGCCUCUGAGGACCAACCAAAGCAGAAGAAGAAAAAGAAAAACAAGAACAAGAACAAGAAGAAGCUUCCCAAGCUUCCCGAUUCUUCCGAAAUUCCCUCGAUCACACACCGACGAUGGGAAACGUCGGAAGCAACGGCUCCGGGCGCCGGAGGCACCGGAGCCACCCGACGCCGGCGAACCCUCCUCCUACUCCUCCGCCUCUGCCACAGCCUCAGCCGCAGCCCGAGAUCACCGGGAACAGAUACGUUUUCGCCGCCGCAACUCCUUACCCGGCCCAAUACCCUAACCCCAAUCCCCCGCCGUUCUUCCACUACCCGGCGUACUACCCGCCGCCGCCUGCGCCGACGCAGUACCCGCACCAGUUCCGAGGCGGCGGAGGGGCUUUCCCCGGCCCGGCCCACGGGAACUGGGCCCCCAGCGGGCCCCAAUUCCACCACUACCACCACCCUUGCGGCGGCGUUCCGCCCCAGGCCACUCCCUUUGUGGAUCAUCAGAAGGCAGUGACGAUUAGGAACGAUGUGAAUGUAAAGAAGGAGACUUUGAGGGUCGAACCGGAUGAGGAGAAUCCUGGGACGUUCCUUGUCGCCUUCACGUUUGAUGCCACUGCUCCGGGAAGCAUUACGGUUAUGUUUUUUGCUAAAGAAGACCUGGACUGUAACCUGAUAGUUACCAAGGAAAGGUUGCUUAAAGCAGUCACGGUGCCUUUUCAGCAAGGUCUUGGUCAGAAGUUUAGACAACCUGCUGGAACUGGAAUUGACUUCUCAAUGUUUGAAGAGUCUGAGUUAACAAAAGGGAGUGACGCGGAAGUUUAUCCUCUUGUGGUGAAGGCUGAAGCAUGCCUGUUGAAUAAUGGCGAACAGGAACAAGCUGGAAAUUCUCAGAUCACCCAGGCAGUAUUCGAAAAGGACAGAGGUCAAUACCAGGUGCGGGUGAUGAAACAGAUUUUGUGGGUGAAUAGGAUGAGGUAUGAGCUGCAGGAGAUCUAUGGAAUUGGGAAUUCGGUCGAUGGUGAUUUUGAUGGGAAUGAUUCUGGAAAAGAAUGUGUCAUUUGCUUGUCAGAACCUCGAGACACAACUGUUCUCCCUUGUCGUCACAUGUGUAUGUGCAGUGGCUGUGCUAAGGUUCUGAGGUUCCAGACAGACCGAUGUCCGAUCUGCCGGCAACCAGUUCAACGACUUCUGGAAAUCAAAGUAAACAAUGGAGCGGAUGGUUGAUGGUGGUCUUCGCUGUGAACUGAAUGCUGUAAAUUACACAUUACACAAUGUCCUUGCUUUUGAAACGCCCCUCGUUUUGCCUGUAACUGUAAUAACGAACGGGUGGUCAGACAUGGCACUUAAGCACUUUUAUGGCCACGACUUCUGACAGCCCAAAUCUUGUAUUUAGGCUUUCAUAAAUAGAUUUUCCUUUUACUUUUGGAACAAAACUGCCCGAAGAGGGUUGGUUAGCUAACACUACGUUAAGAAAAGGAGAUCCCAUGUUUUGUUUGUUGUAACAAGGCUGCCAACAAUAUCAAGAUCUUUCUUUAGUAAGUGGUGUUUUGUCAUUCCCAUUCUCUGUCUUGACUAUAGACUCGACCUCUUGGCUUU